AGAAAAUCAGAAAAAGACUUAACAAUUAACAAUGGCUCAACAUGGCAGCGUCCAUGGUUGCAGUACACAUAAUGAACACGAAGAGUGCCAUCAUCACUCUUUAAAUCCUUCUGUCCACCAAACUUUGGAUGAAUUAGCUUUUGAAAAAGGAAUCUGGGCGUCUGCGUUGGCAGGAGAUAAUGCUGAUGUUGAGUUAAAAUUGAUGCGGGGCAGGGGAUCUGAUGUAAACAACGUCGACAAAUCUGGGUACACAGCUUUGGUAGGUAAAAAAAAAAAAAAAGCAUAAGUAAAAGAAAGACCGUAAAACGUAAAGUUAAAGUAGGUUGAAAAUAAGUCAAAUUUAAGUAAUAUGCGUUAUGCCUUUAGUAUAAUAGUCACUAUACGAAACAAGAUGGUAAAGGAAUUAGUUAAUAACAUAUAAAACUAGAUGUAGCCCGCCAAACCUUGGCGACAGCAAUUCGUGAACUUCUCAUCUACUAAAUUUACUUGACAAAAACGUGAACUCAAGUUACGCACAUUUAAGAAUACCAAUUUUGCUACACCCCUGUCCCUUUUCAUGAUACACGACCUGCGGCUUAGCAGACGCCGCAAGCUUGACAGGCAAGUGAGGGUGGUGCAGGAAAGUGGGGGUGGGCAGUAGCUCCAAAGAUGGGCAGUCAAGGGAAGUGAGGGGAGGGUUUGCCUGCAUCUUGCUUGCUUGCUCUGGCAUAUCUAUAUAUAGCCUGCGUGGUCAUGUUCCUCUUCUUGUUUUACCUAUUUCUUCCAGCUAAUUAUAUAUAUAGAUUGUUAGUCUGUUAGUAUUUUAUAAUUAUAAAUUUGUAGUUGUAGGUAACUUAAACAAGGAAAUAUAAAUAAUAAAAUUAAUUAAUAAUUACAAAGUAAAUUAAUAUUAGACUAUUUGGCUUAGGUGUUAGACUUACGGCUUUUUAAUAACACUGUAACUGUGUUUACAGUCCUACUACUACAACUAACUAUGACGUCUACAGUUUUAAAAUUUUACAGGCCUAAUUAGGUGUAGUUUAAGUUAGGUCUAGGUGGGAUCCUAAUGAUAGAUAAGUAACAGUGGACAAAAUUUUGUUCAUUAGAUAUUUAUAAUUUAUUCCUUAUAAUUGUAUUGUAUUCCCAUAGAAGGUUAGUGCACAGAAUUAAAAUUCUUGGGAGAGCAAAAAUUGACCCAUGACACUAUCUAUUUCAUCAUCAUGUUUUUUUUUCAACUGUCCUGUCACCAUGGUUCAAUAUGACUUUCUGACUAUGAUGUGACAAAAAUUGCACUGGAUAGGGGAAUUAAUUAAUUGUUUUAACUAUUAGAACUAUUAGAACUCCACGAGGGUCUGAUUUCACAGGGUUUUGCUUAACCUGGGAAAUUGGGAAUAUAGUUUUGUUCAUCCUGGUAUUUCCUGGGACAAAAUGAGGUACCUCAAACUGGCUUAAAAAUGAGUUUUUGUCUCACGGAAGCCGGUAUUUAGAAGCAUUUCACUUAAUGUUUUCUAUAUUAAAAAUUGGUCUUAUACUAAUAAAAAUAAUAUCAUUUAAAAUUAUAUUUUAGGCCCUCUGAUUCUAUGUCAUUUUUGUAGUUUUUGAUAUAACAAAGUAUAUUACAUUAUUGCAUGAAAACCAUCACCAAAAUCAUUUGUUAUCGACAGUCAAGCGAUCAUUUUUAACCCCGCCUCCCCCUGCUAUUCAAUCUCCAUGCCGUUUUCGGUCAUUCAUAGUAUUUUGUCACAAAUAAGUGUAUCAUGUGCAGAAAUGAAUACCCCUUAGUUUCAUACCAAACAUUGAUGUAACGUAACUUACUAACAGUUUAAAUAUUUUAAAAUUUACAAAAUCGAAUAAAAUUAUCAUUUACUAUGUGAUUGUGGCAAAAAUGAAAUUUUAACCAGCAUCAUUAGAAAGCUCGUCCUAUUUUCUUUUCAAAUACCAAAACAACACUUCAUUUCCAAGCAUGUACCAAAACGGCCGAGUGAAACAGGGAAACCUAUAAUUUUCAUUCACCCCACUUGUUCCCGGUUUGAGAAAAUGGCUGAAAACCACAUUGACAAUGCUCCAUCAGUUUUCUAAAUUGAAGGUAGCCGAUAUUAAAGGCUUAGUUGGUAAGUGAAAUCAGUAAAAAUAUGUAAUUAAAUAGUUUUAAACUGUGUCAUCUAUUUUUUAAUUUUUUAUUUCUAUAGGAAAUUUGUAUUAUUGUUGAUAUAAAUAAGUUUGUUUGUCGCUGAUUAUAAUCAUUUUUGGGUUUUUUUAAAUGAACUAAACCCCCCCCCCCCCCCCCGUUGGUAGCGGAGUCUCAUUUUUUCUGAUUGCUCAUUUUAAAAUUUUAUUGUCUUUCUGAAAGAGGAUACUUUGAAAAUUAAUAACUACUGAUUUUUAUAGCAAGUAAAUGAUAUUAUCAGCUUCAAUUUUCAUAAAUAUAAAUGGUCACAUGAUCGUAAGACCUUUAACAAAGAAAUACAUAAUUUGUAGCUUAAAGUAAUUUCUAUUAUCAUAAAUACUCUGGUUUUAUGUUAGAGGUUUUUUGUUAGACCUAACAUUUCUAACAUUAAUAAUAUUAAUAUGCUCAAUUUUGUUAGAUGAUGAUGAACAAAUCACUGCAUUACCGGUACUCUGAAAAGGACUUUUCUGGCUAGUGGGAAAGGAAGAAGACCAUAAUUUUCUACUCUAGUCUACUUUGUCAACUCUACUCUAUGUUUUGAAAGAGGAAUAUAACACACCAUCAGAGCAGGUAACUGAGCCUAUUAUUAGAUUUCAAUGAAACAAACGUAUCUUGUCUUUUGCUCAGUCUAAGAUUAAAGUUUUAGGAAUUUACUCAAGUCUGAACAUAUCUUUUCAACUCAAAACCGUUCUUCUAAGCUUUAUUUUCAUGAGGGACUUGUUCCAUUCUUAUUCUUUCCUUUCAUUUUUAGGUAGGUUAAAUUUUUGUUGUUGUGCGAAGAAGGCAUUUGCCAAAACAUUUGAAUUUAUAUUUCGUGUAACCUUUAUUAAAGCUUAACAUAUAUUGUUGUAUUUACAUAAAUUGUGUCUCAAUAAUUCUCACAGACUAAAAUGUACCACUCAUAAAGUUCACAAGUGAGUGGAAAAACGUUAUCAACGGUUCCCUUUCAAGAUUGGAUUAUGUACAUUGUGAAGAUCAAGUUUUGGAUUGCAUAAGCCCUACCCUAUCAUCUUUUGGAAUUAAUAAAGACAUUGUAUGCUGGUUCAGUGCGAGAAGUAACUAAUGAAUAAUGAAUUUAUUAUUAAUUUUUAUGAAUAUUCUGCUGUUAAUUCCAUUUAUAGUAGUCUUUGUUUGUUCUGUGGAAGUGAAGACAGAUGUCAUUUAAAGAAGAAGAUAGACAAUUUCAUGAAAAGUUACCAAAAAAUGAACUACCUGUAUCUAAAUGUGAAACCAAAACUCCUUGAACUCUUAAAAAAAUUCAUGAGUCAUAUGUUUUUUGUUAACAUUGUCACUAACCCUAGCAACAACAGAGAAAAAUAUAUACCUUUGUUAGGUAAAGGGGAUGAACUUACAACAACAGGCUUAAGACAAUGCAAGAUUAUUAAUUGUAAGAGUUAAUGAGCUAGAAAUUGAAAAGAUGCAGCUAAAUUGCAGAAGAAUUAAAUUAAAUAUGUUGAAGUUAAAAUUAGGAAAUCAUUAGCAAAAUUUAGAGCCCUAAUCUCUUUAUAAAAUUAAACAUCAUUAAUCAAAAACUAAAAAUUGUUAUCCAAAUUCUUCAAAAAGAAAAUAAAUUCAUAUUUUUCAUUUCAGUUAGACCCGCUCAGGGAGCAAAUGUUACUCAAGUGUUAAAAUACUUCAUAUAUAAAUAGAAAUGCAGGACAAUUUUAGUUACCCGGUAUCUAUUUUCUUGAAGUUGAUUUUUUGGGGAUGCAAAAAAUUGUUUGUGUCUACUCAUGCUUACAGUGUGUAUAAAUAAAUGUUAUAGCUAAGUACACUGACAGUUUAUCAUAGGGUAUUCUAGAUAUUAAUCAAAUUUUCUUAUUUGUAGCUGUAAUAUUAGUAAUAACUAAUCCAUUUUUUUAAAUUAUUUUUUCCAGAAUGUGAACCCUUGCUCUGUUCUAGCCAUGUUUGUAUUAUAUAUAAAUAAUUAAUGGGCUCAAUGACUGUUUAAAUAUGUAGAGCUAUAGUUACUCUAUAUUCUAAUAUAAAAGCGUAACUGUGGGUUUAAAUAUUGAUUUUUUGCAAUCUUUUAAAAAUGACAGAGUUUUUGCUUCACAUGAACCAAUGCACUAUUCUUAAAAAGUGUGUAUUUUUAAUAUACUUGUUAUGGGUACACAGGCUAUUUAAGCACAAAGACCUUUAAUUCCCCUAUAUUUUGAUGUAAUUAUCAUGUAUGCUUUCUUAUCAGUUAAUUUUUGGUGAUUAUGUGCAAAUAUUGCGUUUUUUUACCUCCGUUUUAUUGUUUUCAAAAUGUGAGGAAACACCAUUUUUAUUACAAUAAAAUUUAAUGAAUUAAUUAUUUUUUAACCUUUGAAAAAAAUUGAGUCUGUUCUUUAUAUAUAUUGGUAUGUGUUGUAUGUAAAUGAAUGUCUAUAAGUGAUUUACUUUUACAGAUAUAACCUUACAAAUAUGGCACUUUUAACAGUUGCGAAAAAAAAAUAUGAAAAUACUAAAUUUAAAAAAUUUAUAACAUUUUACUGAGUUAUAUGAACAAGUUUGGUAUUCACGUUCUUAGAAUCAUGCGUUCUUGGCAUGACAGUAUAAAAUAAAGCUAUAGGACUGUUUUGAAAAAUUAUUUUGAGGUACCUAAUAAAAUCUAUUUAAUAAAAAAUAUAUUAUAAAUUGAAUUAAGCAAUUAGAGUUAAAGUUUAUAGUUGUUUAAUUGUAAUUAAUUAAUAAAUAACAGUGUUAAGGUUAGUUGAGAGGUUAGUCACUUACUACUAUUUGCUUGAUUUUCCAUGGCUAUCUCUAGUUAUGGAUAACUAGCUAAUAAUUUGCCCGUUAGUCAAAAUUUGGAUAUAACCUCCUGUAGAAAAAACAACACUUGAGUUUUGCGUUCUUUACAGCUUACACUUACAGGUCACUAAUUCUAUUUUUGAAUCCUUUUCUAAAUAUUCAAAGCAAAUGUUUCUAACAACUUGUAACAAGGGGUUUGUUUUAAAACUAAAAAAUAGGAAUGUUAAUCUACAUGUAACUAUAUAUCUCAUUGUAUAAGUAUAUGUAUGGGGGGGGGGGGGGCCCCCUUUUAAAAUUUCAGUGAGGUUUUGAUUUUCCCCUUUUUUUUUUUAGUUAAAAUUUUGUUUUAUUUCCCUUUUUCUUUACAAUCCUUGUUUUUACGUUGAAUUUUUUAUGUAUGGGGGGGGGUGGGGGACCACUUGUAAAAAUUCAGUGAAGUGUUGAAUUUACACAUAUUUUUAUUAGAUAAAAAUAUGUUUUAAUUACCAUUAUCCUUACAAUACUUGAUUUUAAGCUGAAAUUUUGGGCCUUCCCUUAUAAAUAUGAAGAUUUACUGAAAUAGUUUUUUUUAGAAUAUCUCUUAUAAAUUUAUAAAAGCAUGUUAAUAUGUUAAAAUAAAUGUAUCAUCCAAUGAUCAAUGUGACGAUUUAACAUAGCCAGACCAUCAAUAAUUUAUCAUUAGGCCUACAGAGUUUAUUUUUCUUUAAAAAUAUUGCUCCAUUAUCUGGUGUGCAAUUAUAUAAUGAUUGUAAUAAAUUACUUAAUAUUUAACAGUGGCUUUACUCUUAUUUUUAGCACUAUGCAUGCAGAAAUGGUCACAUCAAAGUUUGCAGAACCUUACUAAGCUACAAGGCUGAUGUUAAUGUAGCUACUAUUGCAAGCAAAGCCACUCCAUUACACAGAGCAGCAUACAUGGGCCAUUCACAGAUUGUUUCCCUCCUCAUGACACACGGAGCAGACCCAAAAGCAAUUGAUUGUGAUGGAAUGACAGCACUUCAUAAGGUAGAAUUUUUGUCAAAUGCCUUUUUUAAUUUUUACUUUUUUAACUGUCACAAAACGAAAUAAGAAUCUAACAUUUACCUGCAUUUCUCCCCCAUCUCAUUUUUUAUUAAUGGAAUGAUCAAAUUUUUUUGUACCUGUAGUUACAAACCCAAUUUUUAAUUGAGUUAAAAUUAAAACUAGAAAUUGAAGAAUAUUGUUUAUAUAUUCUCAUUUUGUUUAUGUACCUGGUAGUUAUGAUAAAAUUGAUAGCUCAAAAACACAUCCUUAAUAUUUAAAAAAUCAAUGUACUGUAUAUAAAUUGAUUGAUUAAUUAUAAUAGAAAUAAAUACACAGUACGGUAAUAUUCAAUUUGCAUGUUACUUUAUUAUUAUUAAUAUUAUUAUCAAUUUAUAGUUAUAUUUACAUACAUUGAUUAUGAAAUUAUUCUGUUUCUGCUGUAGGCUGCUGAGAAUGGACAUGUUGAUGUUAUUGAAAUCCUGGUUAAGGCUGAACCCACCAUUUUAUUUAUGGAAGAUAACAGAGGGAGAAAGCCUACUGACAUAGCCAAAACUGAUGAGGCUUUAACUAUGCUGAAACUGUAAUUUUAAAAAUGUCAAGUUUGGCCUGUGGUUUUGACAUUUGAAGACAUUUGGGCCGUUACAAAACUAGCCAAUAAAUAUUGUUUGAUCUGGAUAAUUCCAAUUGAAACCAUCUUUAAAAAAGUUCUCAAAGACUGUGAAAAUUCCUGCUGUUUGGAAGGUUAGGUUACUUCUUUAAAUCAACUUCCUGUCGCCGGAGAAUGGCUAGGAGCUGCGCCGAUGUCGAAAUCAGUCAAUGUCAAAUAAUUAUCUGCUAACUAUUGUGUACCAGUGCUAGUAUUUGGUAAUUUCUGGUAAUUUAUUUUAUAUUUCAAUAUAAUAGAGCUUCUAUUUGAGUUAAGAUAUGUUCAAGUAAACCAUUAUUACAACAACUUGGUGGAGAAUCAGAAGCAAUGUCCCUCUGAUUCCCAUAAAAUUGAACCAUUGCCCAUAGACCGGAAAAAUUAACCUAACAAUUGACAUAAAAAGAGUUCGUUAUGUCAUAUUAAGCUAUUAAGUCUUACAGCUCAGGAAAAAAGUAGAAUAUUUGGUGUUCUCCCAUGUCUUUAUGUUAACACUGAUGAGACAUCACAUUAAGGAAAAAAAAACAAUAGACAUUGGUAGGGACCAGCUUAGGUAGAGUCUUGCCUGUACAUAAUUUUGUACUACCUAAAAAAAAUUUCAAAAUUCUAAUGACCUAAGUGUACUAGUAUGUAUGGGGUUAGAAUGUAGAAGCUGUAAUGGGUGGUUGAGUGAGUGAGAGGUGACUGAUUUAUAUAUGUGGUAGACUUACUUAGUGAUACCCUGGAGGAGCCAACAUAAGAAGAUAGUGUAGGGGCUUUGUAUAGUAUAAUGUAGUGUAGGGGCUUUGUAUAGUAUUAUGUAGUGUAGUAUGUUUCAGAAGAGCCAUCCUAUUACUGCAUAUGUGCAAGUACCCUAGUUUUAGCCACCACCACUUAUGUCCACCUAGUAUUGCCUUGAUACUGAGAUCAAUGAGUAAAUGUGCUGUGUCAUUCCUUAAUACCCAUUCCGCCCUAGAAUGGGAAAAGGUUGUUUACGUUUGAAUGUGUUCUAUUUGUUCUAAAGAAUGCUAUCAGCUGAUGCAAUUUCUAGAAUUUCUUACCAGUAACUAGAUUGUUCUGAUUUAAUCACUUUAUGUAGGCCAUCAGGUUUCUUAGACUUCAGAAAUUAGAGAUUUUUGCUAUAUGUCAUAACAUAUAGACAUUAUAUAAUUCUGUGUGAGUAAAUUAAUAAUUGUAUUUUUGAGGAGUGUAUCUUUUCACUUGCUGUGCUGUACAAUACAUGAUGCUUUGUCUAACAGCUAUAUACUAUUGUGAAUUAUUCACUGAUUGAGUGGGUUUUGUAAUGUAAUAAUUGUGGAUACAUAUUUGUCAUAAGUUUCCACUUCAGAAUAAAUGCAGCAUGAGUAUAAAAAGAGUAAAACACAUUUCGUAUAAAUUAUUAA